GGUCAAGGUGCACUUUUCUGACGCGGAAGCGAUUUCCAGCUGUCAAACAGAUUUUGGGAAAUCAGUUUCAGCUGUCGGUUAAAAAUAAAAUAACAGUCGACAUUACUUCAAAAUGGAUAGUCCACGCUGGUUGCCCCUGGAGUCGAAUCCAGAAGUCAUGACAAAGUUUGUAAAUUGCUUGGGUAUGAGACCAACCUGGCAAUUUGGAGAUGUAUAUGGAUUGGAUCCAGAGCUUCUCAGCAUGGUACCAAGACCAGUGUGCGCAGUGCUACUUCUCUUCCCAGUGACCGAGAAGUAUGAAGCAUUCAAGCAAGAAGAGGAGGAGAAACUCAAGGGUCAGAAACAGGAGGUCUCUCCUGACGUCUACUUCAUCAAGCAAACUAUUGGAAACGCCUGUGGAACUAUAGGAUUAAUUCAUGCAGUGGCAAACAACCAGGCUCACCUGGAUUUUGAGCCCGAUUCUCCUCUUAAGAAGUUUAUUGAGCAAACCUCUAAAAUGACCUCAGAGGAAAGGGCCACUUUCCUGGAAAAAGAUGAGAGUAUACGGGUUACACAUGAAUCCAGUGCACAAGAGGGACAGACUGAGGCCCCAAGUUUAGAUGAGAAAGUGAAUCUGCAUUUUAUAGCUUUUGUGAAUGUUGCAGGACAGUUAUAUGAACUGGAUGGCCGAAAGCCUUUCCCGAUUGGCCACGGAAAAACUUCAGAAGAUACUUUCCUCGAGGAUGCUGUCGAAGUUUGUAAGGUCUUCAUGGCUCGCGACCCUCAAGAGGUUCGUUUCACCAUCAUUGCCCUUUCUAAAGAUGCAUACUGAGAAAACUCUUGGGUCCCCAGAAAACAAAAAACCUUACUGCCAAACAUUCUCAAGUGCUGACUUUAUUGGGAAAUUUUAUUUUUAUUUUCUUUCAAAAUACUUGUGGAGGAAAUAAAAUGUCAGGGAUAUCCUUCUGAAGUAAUGUUCCAUUGUGGUUAUACAGUACAUCAUUUGUUACGACUUGGAUGAAAUUCUAAGAGAGUCGAAGUACUCCUGUGCGACUUCCAGUUCCCCACUGCUGAACCAUCUCGAUAACUGUAAUACAGAUAUCAGCUGUACGACCCUGACACUGCACUAUAGUUUGUUUACAUGGCAUGUUUGGCUUUCAAUUAAGUAAGAAAUGAAACAAAUUGUCCACGUAACUAAGGGAAACUCACCUUCUUUAUUACUCUUGGUUCAAUGAUACAUACUGUUUGUAGUGAUUUUUGAUCAUGCGUCUAACCACAUGGUCAAAUCCAGCUGAAGAAACAUGUUUUGCAAGGCUUUAAUUGCAUUAAUAGUUUUUGGAAGAAAAAAUAAACAGGCAAAAUGGUUUUGUAUCUAGUAAUGUUCUGAAAGGUUAUCCAAUAAAAAGUCUCCAGUAAGUGAGGCUAACUGAACGAAA